AUGCUUCGUGGAAAGUCGCUCCACCUCGCACAGGUCCUUCUCACGGUAGCUCCCGCAUUCAUUACCUACGGGUACAACCAAGCCGGAGUAGCACCCCUUGCCAAUCUGCAGUCAUGGGUCAACACUUUUCCAGAGAUUGACACGGUCAACACCCAUGGUGCCAUUAAGGAGAGAAACUCAACGAGGAAAGGUGCAGUCAUUGCCUCUUAUCAACUGGGAGGCCUUCUUGGGGCGCUUGCGUGUGCGCAUAUCGGUGACCGCUUCGGCCGGCGAAGAACUGUAUUUAUGGCUACUAUUCUUACGAUCAUUGGGGAGCUGCUUCAGGCAUCUUCUUAUAGCAUCAUUCAGUUCACCCUGGGUCGAGUCAUCCUUGGCAUCGGGGUCGGGCAACUGAGCGCGACUGUACCGGUAUGGCAGGCUGAAUGCAGUUCUGCAAAGCAUCGUGGUCAGCAUGUGGUAGUUGAUGGGAUCUGUAUGGUCCUAGGCUUCGUGAUCACGAACUGGGUUUCCUACGGGUUCGGGAAGACGGCGGGUGAAACCCAGUGGCGUGUCCCAUUAGCCUUGGCUCUUGCCUUUCCCCUGAUUAUCCUCGGGUCGUUAUUUAUGAUUCCGGAAUCACCAAGAUGGCUAGUUAUGGUAUCCAAGAGGGACCAAGCAGCUCACAGUUUAGCGGCGUACAGGGGUCUCCCCGUCAACGAUGACGUGGUCCAAAUGGAAAUUGCGAGCAUUGAGUCAUCACUGGAGCUCACAGCGCAAUUUAAGAGCUUCACACUACGAGAGCUAUUUAUGGGCGAUGAUAAAGAACGUCUACUGUACCGGUUCGCCCUUUGUCUUGUCAUCCAAUUCUUCCAGCAAAUGUGCGGAGGAAAUUUGAUCUCCACCUACAUUUCCACCAUCUUCGAGGAGAACCUGAACCUUGAUAAAGAUUUGUCUAGCAUACUAGGCGCCAGCGCACUUACAUGGAAAUUCGUAUGCAACUUCAUUCCGUUCUUCGCAAUCGACCGCUUUGGCAGGCGCAAGGUGUUCAUGCUUAGUGGGGCUGGAAUGUGCAUUUGCAUGAUAGUAUUAACUAUUACGACCAAGUUCUCUGACGCCAGUCGGGGCCUCUCAAUUGUCUCUGUGGUCUUUAUCUGGCUUUUCAACAUGUUCUAUCCCAUUGGAUUCUCUGGCGCAAACUUUCUCUAUUGUACCGAAGUUGCUCCUAUGCGUCUGCGUGUGGCUAUGUCGUCCGCAUCAACCGCAAACAAGUGGCUGUGGAAUUUUAUUGUCGUGAUGGUUACACCUGUGGCUCUGGAUACAAUCGGGUGGAGAUACUAUAUUGUAUAUGCUGUUAUCUCUGCCUGUAUUCCAGUCACUGUGUAUCUCUUCUACCCAGAGACCAUGGGCCGCAAUCUCGAAGCCUUAAACGAGGUGUUCCACGAUGCUCCGUCCGCAUGGCAUAUUGUGGCGAUGGCUAGAAGGCUUCCACAAGGAGAUGUGACGGACGUGAAUGUGCAGAUCGAGGAGGAGAAGUGUACUGUGGAGCAGAAGGAGCAUGCUUGACUUUCUUGCUAUUAUUGGCUGUG